CUUAACCUGAUGUCGUCACUUCCUGAAUCACGUUUCUAGGCAAAGAUGUCGGCGACCUUGUGUUUAAAAUAUCUACCGAAACAGGGAUGGCUGCCCCUGACACAGAGUGUUCGGCACAUGGCCAAGUCUGUGACCCGCCACAGAAGACCCAUGCACUUCAUCAAACAGAAACUCUUGGCUGUUACACAGUACAUCCCUCCACCACGGACCGCUCCUCCAGGCGCUUAUCCACCCGAAGACAAACGUGUUGAAGAGGAUAAUGGUUUGACAUUACUGAAGAAGAAGGAUUUAAAGAAUGUGUUCCAGAAUUGCAAAAUGAUCGCUGUGCUCCAGGACAACAACAGCAAAGUUGAGGACAUGAUAAUCCUCAAACACAAACUUUAUAAACACAACAUCAGUGUCAAGUUCUUCCCCAACCAGGUGGUCCGCUCGUUCCUGAGUGACACGGUUUACAGUAACAUGAUUCCUUUGUUCAUCGGUCCAACGGUUCUGUUUGUUAGUAAAGAGCCAAAGGUGAGGGAGAUGCUGAUGGCGCUGAGGUCCAGCCCACACAUGACGCUCCUAGGCGCCUGCGUAGACAACACGCUGCUGAGCGCACAGGGAGUUGUGAGCUACUCCAAGCUGCCGUCAAUGACCGUCAUCCAGGGCGAGGUGGUCAGCGGCCUCACGCUGAUGACCUCCCGCACGGCCUCCAUGCUGCAGCACCACCCGGCCCACCUGUCCGCCCUGCUCCAGCAGCACAUCAAACAGCAGAGCCCGGAUGACGACGCCACCACAGAGGGAGAACCUAAAGCAGAACAGGCCACGUAGAGCUGGGGAGGAAAUGACCAAGACUGUUGCUUUGAGUGUUCACUACUGAGUGGAAGGAUGAGCAGCUGUAGACGGAUGCAUGCGUUUAUUUCGUACCAGAAUUGCUGGCAGAGUGAAGCGGUUAAACUGGUGCUAAAUUCAGCGGCAUCAUAGUGUUAGCGUAAGACUUGACUGGUUUUACUGGGCCUCAGCUCCAUGGUGGAAUAACGGAAUGGACAAUCCUGCAAAACUGUCGGUGUCACCAUUUCUUUAAGGAUAUGGUCAUAAAUUAUUAAAUGACAUUAACUCUG